CGGAAUCGGAAGUGAUGUGACGGGACGGUUUGAAAUGGCGCGUUUUUCGGUCAAGCGCCACACCUCGAUUGCACAAUAAGAGAAAGUUCCAUGGCCGCCUUAGUCGCGAUGUCGCUUUCUGCAAAGAUGUCUGUCGGUUUGGUCGUUUUUGUGGUGGUUGUAGGGGUUGUGGUGGGGUACGACCCGUCGGAUCCCGAAGUGAGCUCGGUGCUGCCGCCGAAGGGGACGUUCGAGGCGUUCUAUCCCAGGGGAGUGGAGCCGGGCAGCUCGAGGGCGGCGCACUCGCACGGGAGCUUCUACAAGUACAGGAACCCGGCGCUGGUGGAUGCGAAGAACGCGGCGGCGUACGGGUUCAGGUUCGAUGGGGGGAGGAGGUUCAACUACGACUGAAGGGGGGUGGAAUGCGGAGUUGCGAUCUAGAGGUGUGGAGUUUGUUUGUACCUGUUUUGUAUAUCGGAGGAAAUAAAAGUUGGUAUAGA